UGCGCAUGUGCGGUCGCGUUGCAUUGUGGUCCAGGUCAGAGGUUAAUGUCACUUCGAGUUGUAAACAAAUGAUGCAAUGGCCGGCAUCAAGGCCGCGCCGGGUAGCUACGGUGGCGAAACAUCGCUGGAACAGUUCAAACUUUGGCCUAAGACACUUUUACAGCGAUAUGUGAGAGAUAGAGGGCUGCCAGUUACAGGAAGUGUCCAUGAUCUCAGGGCGCUAGCGUAUUCCGCCACGAUUAUGUGCCUGCCGUUGGUACCGACGCCCCAGGAAGAAGAACAGACCAGAUGCGAAGACUACAGAUCACUUUUGACUGUCGAUGGCAGACAACUCCCCGACCCCUUUGUUGACCUGAAAAGUGGCUGGAAGAAAGAGGAAGAUGGGAUGCAGCACUGGCCACCAACAAUGUAUGGGGACAUGGCUGAAUACCUUGUGGCUAAUGGAGAGGUACAGCUGCAGAAGAGGCUAAUGGGGGAUUACAAGGAUGGCAAAGCUUUUUCGUACUUUGAUUCUGGCUUCAUCAAUGAAGUUUUGUAUCAUCCAAUAAAUGAGAAUUCAAAUGUUUGCUUUGUCAAAACAACCAGUGGCAGAUCACAGAGAAAAAAUGAUGAGGCGCACCAAGUGUGGGUCGCACUCCAAAAAUCAACUGGGAAAAUCCGGACAGCAUAUUGCACCUGCUUUGCUGGUCUGGGGUCCACAUGCAACCACAUUGCAGGUGUGCUGUUCAAGAUGGACGAUGCAUGGUCAACAGGAAUCACCAACAAGGCUUGCACUUCCAAGCCUGCAGAAUGGACACAGCCAAGGAAACAAGCAAACACCAAUGCUAAAAAAAUCAAAGACAUGGAGUGGCGGAGCUCUAAAUGGUCGAAGGGCAAAAACAAGAAACCAAUAAACACAACAGCUAGGAAGCUCUUCACUCCUGUUAAGGACGGUUCCAGCCCAAGUCUGGAGGAACUUAUGGCAGACUUGUACGUAUCCAGCAAAGAUGCGUGUGUGUUUAAGUAUGGGAUGCCAACUGCAAGUGCUGCAUAUCCUACAGAGGAUGACAUAAAUGUCGAAGAAGAUGUUGAACUUGAAACACAGGAGAACGUACCCCAACCACUUCCUGAGCUGAUAGCACAAUCCCCCCUCCCAACCUUUAGUUCAGAGCAGAUACAGGCUCUUAAUGAGGCCACAAUGCAGCAGUCAUCUAACCCCACCUGGAAACAACAGCGAGUUGGGAGAAUCACAGCUUCAGUCGCACGGUCAGUUAUGGUAAUGGCCGAAAAGUUGAAAAGCGACUCUACCAUUUCACGCAGUGUUCUGGAUGGGAUCAUGGGGAGGAAGUCUGUGCCAUCGAAUGUACCUGCUAUUAAGUAUGGGAAUCGAAUGGAGCCAACAGCAAGAGAAGCAUACGUUACAGCGAUGCGAGGCAGAGGCCACAAAGGACUCACUGUCAAAGAGGCAGGACUGUUUGUUAUGAAAGAACACAUCUACAUUGGGGCAAGUCCUGACGGAUUAGUAGAGUGUAGCUGCCAGUUCUGUGAACCACAGAAUGGACUUCUGGAAAUCAAAUGCCCCCUAUCCAUUGCCAAUGAAGAUCCCAAAGUCAACCCACCAAAUUACCUAGUGAAUAAGGAUGGCGUGCUACUGCUGAGUCACUCACAUGGAUACUACAGCCAAGUACAGCUGCAAAUGCUAGUGACAGACAGGGCGUGGUGUGACUUCUUUGUGUACACUAAUAAGGGGCAUCACUGCGAGAGGAUCCCAGCAGAUAAGCACCACCAAGAGAAGUUGCGUAAAGCAGCAACAGUUGUUUUCGAACAACUUGUACUCCCUGAACUGAAGAAUCCUACAGAGGAUAUCACUGACCCAUCAGGAGAUGAGCGCGCAGACACACAGUCUCCGGGUGUAGACACUGAGGCACCAGGUGAGGAUGACUCAAUGGAAUCUGCAUGUGUUGUCUCCAACUCUGCUUCUACAGACACAGCCCAUCCUGCUGAGGACAGUCCACAUGCUCCUCCACCUGCAAAGAAAAGAAGAGUGAUGAGUACACAGCAGAAGAAAGCGCUGCAAGUUCCUGGGCCUAUUUACCUGUGUGGAACCUGUCAGUCUCAGUGUCUAGAUAAUGUAGAACAUGAAGCUGAUAGCAGUGUUGGUUGUGACAAAUGUAACAGGUGGUUCCACUGGGGAUGUGUUGGGUUUGACUCAGACAACAUGAGUGAUGACUGGUAUUGUGAUGAAUGUUUAACUGACCUGUAACAUUAGGUUCCGACGAGUGGUGGUCUGAGGUUGGACAGUGCAGCACAUAUAACAAGAAUGUCAUCCAGCAGUGGUACCAUGUUGAGAGGCACAGUUCUUUUCAGGAAAGCAAACCAUUUGACACGUCCUGCAAAAGGAAACAUACAUUUAAUCAUUGACUUUAAACUUUACAGCAGCAAGAAGUAACUACAUCCAGUCUUUACCUCUUGAGUGAAUCAACAACUCAUUAUUAGAACUAAUAACAUUCUUACCUAUUGCUCUCUCCACAUGGAUUCUUGCGUUUGCCACCUGCUUAGUUUUGCUGACUGCCUCCCUUGUUUGCUGUGUCCAUCCUGAACUUGGGGGUGGGAUUUCCAGGUGGGCUUGACGUUGUAGCAGUUCACUGCUGAUUGGGAAUCCCCUGUCUGCUAAGAUGACAUCUCCUGGGUCUACCAGGUCCAAGAACCCAGAGUCCAGUACAAUGUUUUUGUCGGAUGACCUUCCACCAUAACCGUUAGAGAGGAAGGAGAUGGUGCCAUUUGGUGUGAUUCCAAUCAGGUAUUUUGCGGUGUUGUGUCUCUUAUAGUCGCUCCACGUGUUCUGUUGCAGGGUCAGGAGUCUGGGUUUUUCAAUGAAGAUCUCUGUACAGUCUAUCGUGCACCUUAGCUGUGGGUACUUCUUUCCAAGACCCGGGGGCAUAUGUUGGAGAAUGGUUUCCUUAGCCGGCCAGAAAAUCAGCGACUUAAGAUGGGAUGCUAGAAAGGGUAUCCACGUGUUUACUAUCUUUGAGCACAGGCCUUGUGAUAUCCCAAAGAUAUCACAUAACAAAGUGUUGGUGACUCCCAGCCGUAGCCUCAUUAGCACCAGAAUCAGUUCCUCCCUACUGCUCAGCUUCCGAGUUGGUCCAGACUUUUUGGGGCUUUGGCUGAAUUUUCUGACUCCCUUUUUCAUAUGGACAGCGUGCGUCCCCCUCCAAUACCGCAGCUUGCUCACCUUCUUUUCAACUGAUUUGUACAAACUGUCCAAAGCUUCUUUGUUCUGGAGACCGGUAUUCUGGCACACUUUUUUAUCGGAACCAACAAAACGAUCGAUUAGUUCGGUAGCUUUUGGUUUCAUGUUUGUUUUCUCCACAUGUCCACGUUUUCCUUCUUCGAGUUUCUUUUUCAGAUUUGAAUUUUCUUCCCGCAGUUUUUGGCAGUUUCGACAGACAGUCUCCUGCUCCUGGCCACAGUAGUUGUGUUCACUUAGUUCUGAAUCAGUUGAAACUGUAGCUGUUGUUACUGGUGUUUGGGGUGUGAAGUAGGUAUGGUCCAUUGUGUGAGGCUCAGAUGCUGGUUGAUUAUGAGAUGAUGUAGGCUGAUGUUGAGCUGCAGGUGAUUUUGUUGCUGGGGGGGUCUUCCUUGAUUUUGUUGCUGGGGGGGUCUUCCUUGAUUUUCUUGCUGGGGGGGUCUUUCUGUCUGCGGGUGGCUUUCGUGUGGAGGGUGGCUUGGCAGCAUAUCCUAGAUGUUCUGUAGGAUAGGGGUUUAGCAGUGUGGGUUUUCCAUCCCGGAAGUGCCUGGAACAUAUCCUCGACUUCCUGAAAAGAGUAUAUAUGUAUUGCGCAUCAUGCACUUGCAAAUGCAUAGGUGACAAAGAAUGAAUUGAUGUAUGUAUAUAGUGUACAAUGAUGAUGAUGUAUAUAGUACAAAUAUUUUUGUUGGCAUUGUACACAAUUACAUUUUGUAAAUACUAGUAGUAGUUAAGACAAACAUGUGCCAACAAACUGAAGUAUUGUCUGCUUUGUCUAAUACUGAUGAAAAGUAAAACCUUUGGUCUAAAUAUCUGUAAGGAAGUUGCUAUUUCAUAGUCAAUAAUGCCACACCAUUAGUGACUAGUUGAAUUUAAAAAGUUGAUGACAGUUUUGAAUUUUAAUGUUUAGUAUAGGUAGGAUGUAGUACUGUAAUUUCAAGUUCUGUAGGAAGUAAACUUCAUCAA